CUGUCACCCAAGCCACUGAGAAUCCAGCCCUCAUGGCCUCAGCUCCACCAUCCAUAGAGAUAGAGCAGGAGGCCAACUGCCCCAUCUGCCUGGAGUGCCUGACGGACCCCGUGGUCCUGGACUGUGGGCACAGCUUCUGCCAGGCCUGCAUCACUGACUACUGUGAGAAAUGGGAGACUCUGGGAGACUUGGAGUGUCCUGUCUGCAAAUUCAAGUUCGAGAAAGGGGCUUUCCGCCGAAACUGGCAGCUGGCAAACCUAGUUGAAAAAAUUAAACUGGUGCCACGAAGUUCAAGAAAAGGUCUUUGCUUGAGACACCAGGAAAAACUCCACUUCUUCUGCAAAAAGGAGGAAAAAUUGGUGUGUUUUGUCUGUAAGCGAUCCCCAGAACACCAAGGACACACAAUAAUUUCCCUGGAAGUGGCUGCUAAGAAAUACAAGGAUCAGUUCUGCAACCGUCUGGAGAUUCUGAAGAAGGAGAGAGAGAGAAUUGUGGCGUAUAAAGGAGAUGUGGAGAAGGAAAGCCAAGACGUGCUCAAACAUACUGAAAAAGAGAAGCAAGCGACACUAGCCAAGUUCAGGCAACUGCACACAUUUCUGGAGCAACAAGAGAAAUUUUUGCUGGCCCAGAUGGAAGAGGUGGAGAAGGAGGUGGCGAGAAACAGGGACCAGCAUCUGAACAGAAUCUCUGAGGAGCUCUCUUCUCUGGAAAGCCUCAUCCAGGAGAUGGAGGAGAAAUGUCAGCAGCCGGCCAGUGAUCUCCUGCAGGAUGUCAGAAGCACAUUGCAAAGGUAUGAAGACAAGGAGUCGUUUGAGAGUCCAGUGGCUAUUCCACUUGCACUGAAGUGGCACAUCUGGGACUUCUCAGAUUUAAAUCUCCUUUUGAAGAGCAUCAAGAAGCAACUCAAAGCAAAUGUGAUUCUGGAUCCAGACACAGCCCAUCCAUCCCUCAUUUUGUCUAAGGGUCAGAAACGUGUGAGACGAGGAGAAGCAGCUCAAGUUCUGCCCAACAAUCCUGAGCGAUUUGACUGUUAUGAUAUUGUGCUGGGCUGUGAGGGAUUCACAGGAGGCUGCCAUUUCUGGGAAGUCCUUGUGGGAAGUGGACCCUAUGUGGCUUCCAUCCUCUCCUGUCUUCCGUUUUAUCCGCACAACAACAAUGACCCUCACAGGUAUGAAGACAAGGAGUCGUUUGAGAAUCCAGUGGCUAUUCCACUUGCCCUGAAGUGGCACAUCUGGGACUUCUCAGAUUUCAAUCUCCUUUUGGAGGGCAUCAAGAAGCAACUCAAAGACACUCUGGAUUCUGGACUUCAUCCGCAGAAAGCAAAUGUGAUUCUGGAUCCGGACACAGCGUAUAAAAGGCUCAUCCUUUCUGAGGGUCAGAAAAGUGUGAGACGAGGAGAAGAAGCUCAAGUUCUGCCCAACAAACCUGAGCGAUUUGAAAGUCAUGCUGCUGUGCUGGGCUGUGAGGGAUUCACAGGAGGCUGCCAUUUCUGGGAAGUCCUUGUGGGAAGUGAGGAAGAAUGGGCUGUGGGGGUGGCCAGAAAGUCUGUGAAGAGGAAGGGAGGCCUCACUUUUACUCCUGUGGAAGGGAUCUGGGCUGUGGGGAAGUGUUCAGGGAUGCACAAGGCUUAUAUAAAAAAACAUUACCCUCCCCUGACUGUGAUUGGGGAGCUGAAGAGGAUCCGAGUGUGCCUGAACUAUGCUGGGGGGCGAGUGGCCUUUUUUGAUGCUGACCGAGCAGCCCUUCUCUACGAGUUCUCUGGAGCCUCCUUCCAUGGAGAGACCCUCCUGCCCUUCUUUUGGGUGUAUAAAAAAGGCCACCUCCAAAUCUCUUCAUAGGACUUUUUCUUG